UGUUUUGCAUUUUCAAAACAUAACUAUGCGUCGCUCAAUAAAUUGAAGUAAUUUUUUGCUACCGAAGAGGAAACAACAGUAGCUCUUUAGGCCUGCAGGCCUACCGUAAACAUCCGGGUAUGGCACGCGGCUAGACACGUUUACAAUCUCGUCACGGAUAUGUGACUUCAGUACAGUAUACCUGGAAACCAACAAAGCGAAACCAAUAUACCAGAUUUAUUUUUAGCCAACUGGAAAGUUUCUCUUUAUACAAAAGUGACCGGCACGGGCUGUUGAGCUCAUCGACAUCAUUUUGACCCAAUGAGUGCCGCAAACAAACUAGCUUGGCACUUCAAUAUUGAGUACCUCAUACGUAACAACGCAACACGUCUGGAAAUAACACUUGCAUCGCCCGUAAGCUUGAAUGAAGAGACGACCCAACGUGGUAAACUCACUAUCCAAGAACAAUCGAAGCAUUUUAUCCACUGUGAAAUCCUCAAGAAUCCAAACCUACGACGGCUGAACAAGAUCAUCCUGCACUACCGAUUGAGAUGGAUCUGGAUAUCUUGACCACACCCUCCUUGCCUCCAACCUGGGAAGAUGAGAACGCGACUGGCUGGAUCAGCACCCAGCAAACGAUGCUAUCUCUCUACAGCUACCCAGAACGCGUCGUGAUAGCCUCCUUCUUCAUUCUCAUAUCAGUCCUGACCAUCUCCGGUAACAUCACGGUCAUCUUAGCCGUGGUGUUCAGUAAGAAACUCCGCACUUCCACCAACGUCUUCGUGGUGAGCCUUGCCGUGGCUGACCUGCUAACUGGCGUGGGGAUACCCAUGAGCGCGGUUGCUCUGCUCAGCCCUGGUGACACCUGGCCUUUCGCCACCGAAGCCCCGUGCUUCGUCGGCGCUCUGUUGCUCUACAUCAGCGUUGGGGCCAGCGUGCUCCACCUCGCGAGCAUCGCCCUGAACAGAGCCGUGCUCAUCAAGCGGCCCAUGACCACGUACCGCUGGCUCUACACCAGGCGCAAUCUUGCCAUCAUGGUCGUAAUCAUUUGGGCCAUUGCGAUCCUGGUAAUGCUUCUCCCACCUCUCUUUGAUGUGGGAGGGUUCGGCCUCGACAUGCAGUUCCGCAGCUGCAGCGACCUCCAGACUCAUCCCCGUGGCAUGACCUUUGACCAAAUUCAGACCUUUACUUUCUAUCUCGUUCCUACGAUUGUCGUCUUAGCCUGCUAUGCCAUCAUCUUCGUUCACGUUCGGCGCCAUUUCAAAUCCCUGAAGGCCCAUGGUCAGGAGCCAAUGGCAGAGACUGCCUCAUCUUCUACCGGUAAAGCUCACUUGGAGAUAACAACAGCCACCCAGGAUUCUACCCACCGACAUCGGAUUAGCCGACAGCAGCUCCAGAUCACCAAGAAUCUCUUCACGGCCGUGUGCGUGUUUUUCUGUUGCAUCACGCCUUUCUUCUUGACCAAUCUCUUGACCACCAUGCACCGCUUCUUGAACUACGCUGCCAUCAUCCUUCUCUGCAACAGUUGCGCCAACCCCAUCAUCUACGGAGCCAAGCAUCCACAGUUCAAGAAGGUGAUGCGUCGUAUGAUUAUGUGCCAAUACUCGCAAAUCGAAGAGCCGUCUGACACGCUGAAGGCUCUGAUGGCUUGUUUCAAAAAGCAGUAGCAAAAAAAUCAAGUUUAACGAGGCUUUCUGUACCGCAAACUUGAAGGAAGCUAGUGAGCCUAAAAUUUCAGAUGCAAAAACUCAGAAUUGGAAACAUAUCAACAGAGGCUCAUUUUAAAACAAACCGAUAAUAUUGUAGAAGAUUUAAACUAAAAGGAACAAUAACGUUUUCCGCAAAAAAAAUCAUUUAUUGCCCUUUAAAAACAAGAUAUAAUCGGAGAUUACGGAAUCAAAGCACUGUAUAGACUAUAGGAAAAUGUUUCCGUGCAGUAACAAGAUGAUAUGUAAAAACAGAUUCUUUCUUUGUAUGAUGUCCGAUACACAGGGAAAUGAUAUACUAUGCCUAUAUAGAAUGGAAAAUGGUUUAAUGUUUAUUGAGUUGAAAGUGUUAUGAAAUAAGCAGUAUCCGUGUAUAUUAUGCGCUUAGGUAAAUAUAUUGAAUGUUUGGCUUAUAAACUAUAUUGGGAAUUCACAAUGUUUGCCUUUUAACAUGUGAUUAAAAUAAUGCAUGUAAUUUAUAUUGUAUUUUUGUGAGCGUUACAACAUUUAAGCUUUAAACAUUUUAAUAACAGUACUAAAACAUAAAUAUUUUGAAUGUUCAAGAUAUUUAAGUUGACCGCCCGUCCCAUAGGUCUAUACGUUCGAAGCCAGAGUCGAUGAUGGAGGGACAGGGAACUAUGGUGUCUUGGCUGGAGUGACGUAACUCUUCGAGACGUCAGAUCAGAAUAAACACGUGAUUUUCAAAGUUGCGGUGGGGCAGCCACACCAUCUUAUUAAUUACUAUCACACUUAAACAAAAAUUAAGUAAAAUUUGCAAAGAGGAAAUAAUUUUGUGAGGGGGUAAAUGGAUACAAUGAUAUUUUCAUUUAACUUUAAGCAAGUCAUACAUGGUGAAAAUAUAAUCUUCAUAUACAUAAUGCAA